AAAUGUUAAGCAAGGGUUAUAAUUUGACAUGACCUAAAGAACUCUUACAGCAAUAGCAAAUAUGUAACUAUAAAAAUGUGUCAGCUACUAUACCGAGAACGUUCUGUGACAAUGCUUUGAGGAUCAGGAAUUUAGUUUAUUGGCUGUCAGUGAACAAACAGCCCUCCCCGCUCCCCUAUCCCACCCCUCUCUCUCCUCAGAGCACCCAUCACCCUCCCUGUCAAAUCAAUCCUGUGCCUGCAUGAAUCCUGAGCAUUCAUGUUGCUGCUGCACACUUCCUUCUCCUCCUCCACCUCCUUGCUUGGAAAAAUACAAUAAUACGAUCAACAGGCCAGGGAGGGCUCAACCAAUGAAAAAGUGGGAGUGCCGCACACUGCGAGACGAUUGGCUGGCCUGGCCCUAAGUAGACUGUGAGAGAUCCUGCAGCUCAGGGAUUAGAGAUGAAAUAGGCCCGUCUGCAUCUGAGCUUCCACAAUGGUUGUUCCUGAGUCUCAGGACAAAAUGUACUACCCUCCUGAUGACCUGAAGAGGGAUGCUCAUGUGCCUGAUUUUAACUCCUAUCUGGCACUGUACAGGAAGUCUCUCGAGAAUCCAGAAGCGUUCUGGAAAGAGAUUGCUGAGGAGUUCUUUUGGAAGAAGCCAGCAACAGGACUAAUGCUGCAGUAUAACUUUGAUGUGACAAAAGGGAACAUUUUCGUAAAAUGCAUGGAAGGGGCCAAAACCAACAUGUGCUAUAAUGUCCUGGACAGGCUGGUGAGGGAGAGGAAUCUUCGCGAUAAGGUUGCCUAUUACUGGGAGGGGAACUCACCUGACCACCACAUGGCCAUCACCUACAGCCAGCUGCUGAGCCAGGUCUGCCGCUGUGCCAAUGUCCUCAAGCAAAUGGGUAUAAAAAAGGGAGACAGGGUGUCUAUCUACCUCCCCAUGAUCCCAGAACUGGUCUACGCUAUGUUGGCCUGUGCAAGGAUAGGCGCUGUUCACUCCAUUGUGUUUGCAGGUUUCUCCGCUGACUCUCUGUGUGAGAGGAUCAUAGAUGCCCAGAGCAGCAUCCUGGUGACAGCAGAUGGUGUUUACAGAGGAGAGAAGCUGAUCAACCUGAAACAGAUUGCAGACGAGGCUCUGGAGAAGUGCCGCGAAAAAGCAUCAUGUAGUGUUACUAAAUGCCUCGUCAUCAAGCACCCCGCACUGAGGACAAAAAGUGGAGCUGCAUGCAACAAACUACAGACCCCCUGGGACUCCGAGUGUGAUGUGUGGUGGGAUGAGGCGAUGAGAGACUCUCCUGAAGAGUGUGAACCCGAGUGGCUGGACGCUGAGGACCCACUGUUUAUCCUCUACACCAGUGGCUCCACCGGCAAACCCAAGGGUGUUCUCCACACUGUUGCUGGGUAUCUGCUCUACACGUCACUGACCUUCAAGUACGUUUUCGACCAUCACCAUGACGACGUGUACUGGUGCACGGCCGACAUCGGCUGGAUCACUGGCCACUCCUACAUCACCUACGGGCCCCUUGCAAACGGUGCCACAAGUGUCCUAUUUGAAGGUAUCCCAGUUCACCCUCAUGUCGGCAGGUUCUGGGAGAUCAUUGAGAAGUACAAAGUGACCAAGUUCUACACAGCUCCCACAGCCAUCCGCCUGCUGAUGAAGUAUGGACGGGAGCCACUGCAAAAGUACAACCUAUCCAGCCUGAGGAUUCUAGGUACUGUUGGUGAGCCCAUCAACCCAGAGGCGUGGCAGUGGUACUAUGAGGUCGUCGGUCAGGGCAGAUGUCCAGUGGUCGAUACUUUCUGGCAGACAGAAACUGGAGGUCAUGUUUUGACUCCUCUGCCUGCUGCCACACCGCUGAAACCAGGCUCUGCUACCUUUCCUUUCUUCGGGGUGGAGCCCACAAUCCUCAAUGAACACGGGGAGGAACUGGAAGGCGAGGCCGAGGGUUAUCUUGUAUUCAGGAAGCCCUGGCCUGGAAUAAUGCGGACUGUAUACGGAAACAACGAACGCUUCGAGAACACCUACUUCAAGAAGUUCCCAGGCUUCUAUGUAACUGGUGAUGGCUGCAGGCGGGAUAAAGACGGCUAUUACUGGAUCACAGGAAGAAUAGAUGACAUGUUGAAUGUGUCAGGCCACCUGAUGAGCACAGCGGAGGUGGAGGCGGCUCUGACGGAGCACCCGGCUGUGGCAGAGGCUGCGGUGGUGAGUCGGCCUCACAAGGUGAAAGGCGAGUGUCUGUACUGCUUCGUCACCCUUAAAGCCAGCAGGGAGUUUAACCACACACUGGUGGAGGAGCUCAAGAGACAGGUGAGAGAGAAAAUUGGACCAAUUGCCACACCAGACUUUAUUCAAAAUGCUCCAGUGCUCCCGAAGACUCGCUCAGGGAAGAUCAUGAGGCGAAUCCUCCGGCAGAUCGCCCGCAAUGAGAAAGACCUGGGCGACCUUUCGACGCUGGCUGACCCGAAGGUGGUGGAUGAGCUGUUCAGCCAGAGAUGUGAAGCUGCAGCCUGAAAAAAACUCCUCAUCCUCUUCCUCUCUUUCUUUCUUUUGACACUAUGCAAUGGUACACAUGAAGACAAUCACAAACUGCUGGUUCUGGAUCAGCGUCUGUGCACUCUGGGACUAAAUGACGGGGCUGGGAUCAGAAAAUAAUACCACUGACAUUGAUAUGUUUAAAUUGUUGUUAUAUGUGAAGAAGGAAUUUUGAAAAAAGUUGUUGUUGCGUUGAUAUACAGGACUGUUGUUGCUUUGCAUUUGGGCCAAAAUAUUAAACAAACUAAACAUAGAAUAUUAUCUUUUAUAUUUUCUAAAUGUCUUUAAGCUGCGUGUCUCAUAUCAUUGGAGGAGGACGUGAAUCUAUCUUCUCUUUUCAGAUGAGAGAGAAAAGUCAGCUUUGCACAGCUUGUUUUUGAUUGAUGUCUAACGUAUAUUUUCAAUCUGUGAUACAUUUCUAUGAACCUGAGAAUGAAGUGUUUAAUCUCUCUGGUCCCCUUUGUCCUUUUACAUCAAGCUCAGCAGCUGAUUGGCCCCCUCAUGUGGCAGGAGUCGUCCUCUACAGCUGCUAUCUGAUGGUUUACUGUAAAAAGCCCUCUUUACUCAGCUGCCAGAGCUUUCUGCCUUUUGUCUUUUAAUGAUGCACGGAGCACACAAACACACACACAAACACACACACACACACACUCGCACACACACAGGGCUUUGAUGGUGUGAUUGGUGCCGCAGGAAGCAGCGGGAUGCAGUGAAGAAGAAAAGAGAAGCUUGUUUUUAUCUUAAGUGCACUGGAUUCUUUUAAAAUUACAAGCAUCAGUGGCCUUAAGGAGGAGGAAAAGAAGAGAUUAGAUUGCAGCAGGUUGUUGUGAAAGUGGCUCAGAGUGACUGCUCUCUUAUCUUACUGUAAACGUCGGGUCAUGUAGAGUGUGU